GCGACGCCAACUGGAUAGAUGGCCCUUCGAGGAGUAGCCUCCUUUAUGGUCGUCUGCGGCCAUCUCUGCACCGCAUUCGUCCCGUGGCUACACCGGCCAGCCGCCGAUCCCAAGACCGCGCCCCAUCUGUUCCAGCUGCCCUUCUUCCGCCUUGCCGUCGGAGGCCGCAGCGCCGUCGCUCUCUUCUUCCUCGUCACCGGCUACGUCAACUCCAUCGGCCCCAUUUCCAAAUCCCGCGCUGGCAACUACGAUGCCGCCUUCCACGCCAUUGCGCGCAGCGCUCUGGCCCGCUCCGGACGACUGAUUCUGCCCACCAUGAUUGCCACCAUCAUCAGCUGGUUCAUGGCCCAGACAAACGCAUACCACAUGACCAAGCACGUCGAUGCGCAGUGGAUACGCCAGGGCUGGCACCGACAGGAGCCGUCCCUGUGGAUGGCCCUUACUUCGCUUUUCAAAGCCCAAGUCGAGACGUGGACAAUCGGCUGGGACGAGUACGACGGCACACAAUGGACACUGCAUCUGUUUCUCCAGGGCGCUUUUCUCGUAUACACAACCAUGCUUGCUACAGUCCUCGUCAGGCCCAAGGCGCGUUUUAUCAUCUACGCAGUCAUGUACGCCUACUUCUGGCAAGUAGGCAAGGAAAUCACCGUGGGUUCCAUCGAGGGCUUGAACAUUGUCACGGGCAUGUUUGUUGCCGAGUUGCAUAACCACUACAAGGAUUCCGCUACGUCGGUUCUUCCCGCUCCCAUUCCUGCCAUUAUGAUUGUCUGUGGCAUGUUCAUGGCCGGAUUUCCCCAGGAAGCAUUUGGAAAUGCGCGCUGGUCGGACACCAUGUCCAAAAUCAUGCUCAGCCUUACAGCCGAAAAGACGGAUAUCCGACGUUACUGGGACCACCUUGGAGCCGCCACGGUUUUGCUUGGAAUCUUCUUCUCGAGAAACGCACGCAAAUUGCUCACCUCGCCCGUCUUCAACUUCCUUGGUCGUGUCAGUUUCCCUGUCUACCUCAUCCACAACACAUUCAUCAAGACUGUCUUGACCUGGAUGAUCUACCUACCCUCGGCCAUGAACCCGCCCGUAAACGAAAAGGGAGAACAACAGGAUCUUCAGCGCGGAUCCGUUCCCCAUAUUCUCAUUGCCAUUGCCGUCUUCUACUACAUACUGUACCGCUCAGCAUCAUUAUGGGUCAGGUACAUAGAUCCGGUUUGCGCAAACAUUGUCAACGCAGCAACAAAAUGGGCAACCGGCGAGCCCCAACCAAAGGACAUCCGGCCAAUUCUUGGAAACGGAUCAACAGCCGAUAAAACGACUGUCCUUCCAUCAUGAAUUGCGCCUGUUUAGCCUCUGCACCCUUGCUGUGGUUUGCCCUUAUUCUUACAUUUCAUGUGUAUUCUUGUGCUCUUCUGGUCUGCAUACACUGCUUGGCUGACGCCCUCUUGAUUCCCUAUACCUCCUUCUUCUUUGAUAACCGGUCUUGUUUGGGUUUUUUCCUUGUGUCUUUUCUUCUUCAUUCUUCAAUGAUAGCGAAAAAUCUCUCUCUUUCUCUCUCAAGUCAAUGUUGCAACUACGCACCGGAUAAGCGAGUUCAAGACACCCUUUUUUCUAUUUCUUUGUCUUCAUUUUUUUUCUGCUUCAUGGUUGGAAGUUGCAAAAAUAACAUUGCAUAUUGGAGCGUUGUCUCAAUUUUUGGACGAACGUUAUGUAUCAGUAUGGGGAAGGGGGAGGCUCAGCAGGGUGAGAUAUAUAUAUAUAUACCAAGGCUGAUGAGGUGGUGGU